CACCAAUAAAUUCGCCGGAGUGUGAGAAACUUUGCAAUAAAAAAGAUAACGAUGGAAGGAGUGGAAGGUGAAUUAACAAUAGAUAUUCGCGAGCCCCUGCUGAGCUCCGCCCGGGGGAAACUCAGUGUUUUAAGGAAGGAGUCGGUGGCCUCGGAUAAGUGCACCAUCUUCCGCGCGCCGGCCCUCAUCCGGCAGCGCAACAAGCACCUGUACGAGCCCCAAACGGUCGCAAUCGGCCCCUACGGCCGCCGCAACAACGAUCCCUCCCUCCGGGCGGCGGAGUGGCUUAAAUGGCGUUACCUCCAGGAAUUCCUCUCUCGCAGGAGCAUCAUCAGCAUCGAGGACCGCUUAGCCGAGAUCCUCUCUCGCAGGAGCAUCAGCACCAGCGAGGACGGCGUAGCCGAGAUCCAGGAGGCAGUCCUCCCUCGCAACUGCAGCACGCGCACCAGCGAGGACGGCGUAGCCGAGAUCCAGGAGGAAUUCCCUCCUCGCAAUUACAGCACCAUCGAGGACUACGUAGCCGAGAUCCAGGAAUUGGUGCCGGAGGUGCAGGGGUGCUACUUCGAGCGGGUCGAGCUCAACCCCGUUGAGUUUGCAGAGAUGCUGCUUCUCGACGGGUGCUUCAUCCUCGAGUUCCUCAUCAAGUGGAAGGUAGGGUUUGGUGACAGCAUUUUCACUUCGAAAUGGAGCUCGUCGUUGGUUCACGAUGAUUUGCUCUUGCUUGAGAACCAAAUCCCCCUCCGUGUGCUUGACAAGUUGUUCGAACGCCUCAAGUCCACCUUGGGCAGCAGUGUACGUUAUUCUCUGAUGGAGCUUCUUGUAGACUACCUGACACGCAUGAGCGUCGAGAGCCCCGAGGAAGAAACAAAGAGCUCCAAAAAAGGGAAGAAAGCUAAUUGCGGCACUUGUUGGCUUGCUUCCCAUUUUUGGCUUGCUUCCCAUUUUUGGAGCCCCGAGCAAGAAACGAAGAAACCCGAGGAAGAAACAAAAGAGCCCCAGAAAUGGGAAGCGGAAAACUUUCAUCACUUAUUGCAUCUCUACUACGAGUGCUAUGUCACGGCACCACAAACUCGCUCGAAACUGCGAACUGAUCCAAAACCGAGGACGAUUCCAUCUGCUACCGAGCUCCUGGACGCCGGAGUGACAAUUAAGAAGAAGAAGAAGAAGAAGAAGAAGAAGAAGAAUGAGAAUGAGACUCAUGAGAAGCGUCUUAGUGCCUUCUUAGAUGUAGCAUUUGAGGACGGCGUGCUCGAGAUCCCUUUCCUCUCGGUGGAGCCCUCCACCCUAACUCGGUUCUCAAACCUCGUGGCCUUCGAGCAGUGCGGCGGGUGCAAGGGUGAUAAGGCUUACAUGACGAGCUACGCGAUGUUCAUGAACUGCCUCAUAGACAAGCGGGAGGAUGUGGCGGUACUCCACCAGCGCGGAAUCCUGGAGAACAAUCUGGCGAGCGACGAGGAACUGGCGGUCUUCUUCAACCAGCUCUCCGACUUGGCCUACAUGGAUUACGAUGACCACUACCUCGCCGAACUCUUCCGGGACGUGAGGAAGUACUGCGAUUCCCGUUGGCCCAAGUGGAGGGCGAAGCUGGUGAGGGACUAUUUCAGCAAUCCAUGGGCCAUCAUUUCUUUGAUCGCAGCAGCUGUCCUUCUUAUUCUCACCAUCCUCCAAACCGUCUACACCAUCUGCUCUUACUAUCAUCCUGGGAAUUAAUUAGUUGUGUCCGACUAAGCUUUAAGUCAGUCCGAACAGACGUUGGAUGGAUGCCUACAAAUUGGUGUGAGGUCCUCACACACCAAGACACCGUGUGGAUCGAGUAGUACGUAGUAGCGUGGAAAUUAAGUGUGAGCGCGCGCGGAUAGUUUUAGUAUAGAGUUGGUGUGCCAGUCAUUUAAUUGCAACUUCGGGUGUGUGUGAGUGUGUUCCAGUGUACCAUGAGAUAAUUUGGAUGUGAGUGUGUGCGAGCCUACUAAAAUAAUAGUUGAAUGUGAAGAAUUGUGCAAAUGUUCUUCGUAUGUUAAUAAAAGCAAUAAUUUCGCA